CAGAGAUGAACUGUCUCCUCUCACAGAGUUUACCAUCUUUAGAUGUCCAUCAGCAGUCAGAAUUUUUGCUCAUUUGUGAUUUUAUGAAGUGACUCUAAUUCCAACCUUCAGCAUGGGCUAGCUGAACAGUAAACUAUGGAUUAAGAAACUGCAAUCCAAUGAAUUAUUUACUUGGAUCUCACUUCAAACUUAAACAACUAAACUACAUUUCCCAAAUGCAUUUUAUCCAUGAGAGAUUUUCUUGCAUUGAACAUGGACCUUACGGUCCUAGGACUUUUUAUCCUUUGGUGAAACUGGUAUUAUGGGACAAAAUGUGUGGAGACAAUGGUGGUGACUAGCUAGAAUUUGUAACGAGAAAUGUCAGCUUACAACUAAGCCUCCUGGGUGUUCAUUUGAUUCAUUGUCGAGUAACUCUUUUCAAUUACAGAUGAAGACGUACCAUUUUGAGGAUUCUUAAGAACCUUUGAUAGUCAAGUGAGCAGAAGACUAUCACAGUAUACGCUAUGGAGAAGUAAAGAAAGAACAUGUUCAAUGAGACUUAUUCAGAUGAUUCCAGUAUGGAUUACUAUUAUUAUAACUACAAUAAUUCCUUCUCUGAAGAACCACUUUAUCUCUUUCCUGUAAAAGUGCUAACAGGGAUAACCGUCACAUGCGUCCUUCUGUUUGUCAUAGGGAUACUUGGAAACAUAAUGACUAUGCUAGUUGUGUCAAAAUACAAGGAUAUGAGGACUACCACCAACUUGUAUUUGUCUAGCAUGGCUUUCUCAGACCUCCUGAUUUUUCUCUGCAUGCCACUUGACCUAUAUAGGCUCUGGCAGUAUAGACCCUGGAAUUUUGGGAGCCUCCUCUGCAAACUCUUCCAGUUUAUUAGUGAGUGUUGUACAUAUUCUACAAUCCUAAAUAUCACUGCACUGAGUGUGGAGAGGUACUUUGCAAUAUGUUUCCCUUUGAAAGCCAAGGUUGUCAUCACUAAAGGGAGAGUGAGAAUGGUCAUCUUUGUCCUUUGGGUAGUAUCGUUUGUAAGUGCAGGACCCAUCUUUGUCCUGGUUGGGGUUGAACAUGAGAAUGGGACAAACCCUCUUGACACAAAUGAAUGCAAGGCUACAGAGUAUGCCAUCAAGUCUGGGCUCCUCAAUAUCAUGGUGUGGACCUCUAGUGUAUUCUUCUUUCUGCCUGUGUUUUGUCUCACGGUCCUGUACAGCCUGAUCGGCAGAAAACUCUGGAGAAGAAAGAGAGAUGCUAUGGGGCCAAGUCUGUCUCACCGAGACAAGAAUAACAAACAGACUAUAAAAAUGCUAGCCGUGGUUGUGUUUGCCUUCAUUCUUUGCUGGUUGCCCUUUCAUGUAGCACGCUACUUGUUUUCCAAAUCGUUUGAAGCUGGUUCCUUGGAAAUUGCUGUGAUCAGUCAGUAUUGUAACCUGGUCUCUUUUGUGCUGUUCUAUCUAAGUGCUGCCAUCAAUCCGAUCCUAUACAACAUUAUGUCGAAAAAAUAUCGCGUAGCUGCUUGCAGGCUUUUCAGACUGAGGAAUAAUUCACGAAAAGCCCCUUAUACAACAAAUGAUGAAAGUUCUCCUGCUUGGACAGAGUCCAAUAUUAGCACGUGACAAGAACAAUCUCCAUACGGGAAAUGUGGUCAAAUGUUCACAGGUCGACAAAGAAUUCAUACCGCACCAGAAAACAUUGCCAAAACCAAUGAGUGGACGCUUAAUUUGCACAGGCACUAAAUACACAGGGUUAAUCACUAAAGUGAGAAUUCAAAAUUAUAAAAGAUAGCGGUUCUGCUAUCUCACCCUUAGUUGUUAAAUAUAAUUUUUAAUUUAUUCUGAAGUCUCACUUUAGAUAAUAGUGGUAAUGUUUGAACUCAGGAUUUGAAUAAAAAAAAAAAAGAAUGUUUGAGUGAAUGUUCCUGUGUGA